AUGAGCUCUCACUAUGCACCACCUGCUAGCCCUGAUUAUCAACCUAUACCUUGCCGAUCAGCUUCAAGCCAAGUCAGAUUGGAACAUGGACAUAGUAGCCAAGAUUUAACCCAUAAUGCACAGCUUUCAAACCAGCCAUCAACCAUCUGGAAGCCUGUACAGGCUAUAGGGGCCUGCAGUUCAAACUCGACAGACUCAUGUGCCCAGAAUGAUCUUCUGGGCCUUCAUUCAGAAGAGAAAAAUGAUGAAGUUAAAUGCCCGAUUAAUUCUCUUGGAUCGAGCUUUUCAUCAGAAAAGCAUCAUGGAGUCAAUUUUGGAGAGUUGGAUUGUGAGAAAUGCAAGAUUGAGAUGGACGAUGAACUCCAGCGUCUAGCCCUAUUUCCAAAUGGGACUAUCGGACAGACACUAAUGGCUAUCACCGCUCGGUUCAGAACUCACGAAGUUGAGACUGAGUCUUCCUUGCAUCAUUUGUCUGAAUCAGGUCAUCAUCGUCAUCCUUAUAAUUUAGAUUUUCGGCGUAGGCUGGAAGCAGAGGAAUUUACAGCUUGA